AUGCUGCUCUCUCGUCUCGUCAACACAUUCGACCCUCAGAUCGUCGCGCGGUGCCUCGCCAUCAAACCGACCCGCGUCGUCAAGAUCUUCGUAUGGAGCGACGCGCUGACGUUCUUCCUGCAGGUGUCGGGUGGAGGUCUGACGUCGUCGCACAACGUCAGCCAGGCCAAUCUAGGCUCUAAAGUGCGUCAUCGCGUUGAUUGGGCUCAUCCUCAAGCCGUCUCGUUCCUGCUAUUCACAUUCCUCGUGUUCACCUUUGCCCAUCAUGUGUACGUCUUCCUCUAUUUCUGUUCAUCGUGCAGUCGGAGUCAGGCUGAUCGGCCGUCCAGCGAGAGUGACUACCCCCAAAUCUGGCACCCGAAGACCUCCGUGCCAGUGAGGAUCCUCUCGACCGAGCCGAUCGAUGACUGGCGCAUCCUGGUCUUUAUCAUGAGCGUCACCUGCGUGGGCAUCCUCACGCGGUCUGUGUUCCGCAUCGCCGAAUUUGCCGGAGGCUACAGCGGACGCGUCGCGACGCACGAGGGCUACUUCUAUCUCCUCGACGCGCUGCCGCUGCUGCUCACGAUGUCGCUGUACGCGCUCGUCUGGCCGACCCGCUUCUUCCACCCCGCGGCGGAGAAGGCGGCGCGCCUGCGGGGCUCUAGCCAAGAUCUUCUCAGCAUGCAAGGGUUCCGGGCCUUGUCCGCGUGAAUGCACUCCUCACCGGAAAUGUUUAUUGCGUGGGACUGCGUAAUAGUCCCUACUCAUACGGAAUUUCGGUACAUGUCAUGUAUCGCGCGGCUGCUGAUUAGCUACGGACUGAUUUGAUGGACUACUCUUUUAACCCCUUGUUACACAACUCAGACAAGCGCUGUUUCCUAUUUCAC